UUCGUUGUGGUUGCAGAUUGAGUCGAGGACACUUCACCGCAAACUACCAGACUACUGACUAGAACUACUGCUACCAGCUACUACUUGGACCAGCAAGAUGCUCAGGAGACAAGCUGCAGCACUGAAAACAACUUCGUCCAUCAGGCUCCUCUCUACAGGUGUCAGACUCCCUGACAUCCAGCUCAGGAAGGACUCUCCCGGUACGCUGGUGUCUGUACCGACUCCGAAGAAAUCCAUCAUCAUUGGGAUCCCUGCUGCCUUCUCCCCUGCUUGCUCCUCGAUCCACAUCCCGGGCUACUUGAAGCGACUCAAGGAGCUGGCCGGGAAGGGUGUCACUGCACUGACGGUGGUGAGCGUGAAUGAUGCCUUUGUACAAGGUGCGUAUGGGAAGCAGAUGCUACAGGAUUACCCAGAGACACAUGGCAUUACGAUUGAUUUCUUGGCAGACCAGGAUGCGGCGUGGACGAAGGCUGCUGAGCUUGAGUUUGAUGCGAGUGCGAUCUUGGGGGGUAUGCGGUGCCGUCGCUUUGCAGCGGUGCUGGAGGAUGGCGUGGUGAGGGAUGUGUAUGUGGAGGCUGAUGGGACUGGGGUGACGACGAGUGCAGCUGAGCAUGUCGCCAAGAGGCUGUGAUGGGCUACUUUCUACUACUCUUCUACUCUACUCUACUCUACGCUACUCUCUACUACUCUACUACUCUACGCUACUCUCUACUACUCUACUACUCUACGCUACUACUCUACUAUUCUAUUCUACUACUCUUCUCUCUCUACUUCACUCCAGAAUUCAGUUCGCGACCAAAUCACAAAAUCACAACGACCACAAAGAACAGAACAAGCACAAAAGACGCUUCACCAGUGCACAGUCAGGCACGGCAGAAGAGCAGGCAAGAGCACCGUCUGCGCAUGCCAUCACUGUACAUCCUGCCAAGGAAACACACGCUCAACCCGGCCAAGGGAGCUCGCAGGACUUCGCAUCAAAUAAACAUCAUCACACGGGCGCGUGCCACUCAACCAGCCUGCACGCGCUCAACCCAGGCAUGAGUACCUCCGUUGUGA